AUGAUGCGUCUGCAUUUAUGCGCCACUCUGCCCAUCCUGCUCUGCCUUGCAGCUACCGCGGAUCCGGAGAGCUACAGCGGAAGUGGAUCAGCUCGCGACAAUGCUGGUCACGACGCAGGGGUAGUGUAUCUACCGGCGGAGAGUAUCCAGCACGAGCUAUUGAACACGACCGGGCUCGUACCCGACUCCCUGGUCUCGGUGACCGCUAGCAACGAGGCGUUGAAGGACGAAUCCCCUGGUCUGGCUGGCGUGACGGCUCUUAACACGACUGUGUAUUCGUCCGUGCUGAUCGUCCCAGCGAAAGCUUCGACGGCGACGACUACCGCAGUCUCGGGCACGCAUGAAGCAGCAUCCGCCGAUGCGUCGUCUGGACACACACAGCUCACGUACAACUGCACUUCUGCAGCGAACCUUUGGAACCUGCAGGAGGACCCGAGUGUCGUGAAAUUGGAGAGCUUUCAGCAGUUCUCAAGCAACGCAAGCGCCAGCAACUCGACAGAGAAUACCCGCGAGAUCGUGGCCGUCACCGUUCAGAAUACGGCUGUCGGUCGACCAGUGCUGGGGGACGCUUUCUUCGGCGCGGAGUUCAGCAGCGACCCCGCCUACUUCUCCACAUCGACUGACUUGGAUAGCCUCAUGCACUCCAACGUGUCCGCAACAACUGGGGAAGGUAACAAGACCCGCCGCCUCGAGUUGGGCGCUUUCGGCUUCGUGGAAGACCCAUACUGCGUGUACGGGUGCGGAGAAGUAGGCGCAGCUCCGGGUGAGUGA